AUGGAUAACCUUUUUACAAUUAAUAUAGAUCCAGAUGAAAACGUUUGCUUAAAUGACGAUAAAAAUAAAGAUGAAAUCUCCAAACGAGCAAAAUAUAAGAACGACAAAAUUGAUUAUAUCGAUGCCGACAGUAUUGACUUAAUAUCAUAUGAAAUAAAUGAAAUUCAUAAGACUGACAAUUUAGACACGAUAAGCGAAUUAAAUGAUAAUCAAAUUAAUAAAUAUCAAAAUAUAAGAAAAAAUAUUCAAAAUUUUAUUUUUAAAUGCUUUAAAGAAGAUGAUGUCGUAAUCGGCUCCCCUGAUAUUUCUAAAGAUACAUUUAUUGAACAACUUCAUUUAAAAAAUGUAAAUAUUACAUUAAACAAGGAUAAACUCGAGGAAAUAAUUGCACAAUCAUCUAGAGAUAAACUUAAAAGAAAUAAGCAAAAUGAAUUAAAUACCAGAUACUAUUGUGAUAAAAACAUAUUUGAUGACGAUGAAAUUAGCGAUAAAAAAUUUAUAGAUAUGCUUAUUGGAAAUGACAUGUCAAUAGAUAAGAUAAAUGAGAACAAGGAAAAUGAAGCAAAUAAAGAUGCCUUUUCGCAAAGUUUACAGUAUAAUGAAGAAAACAAUCAAAAUGAAAAUGAUGACUCAUCCACCCAAACAAUUAACUCGCCAAAUGAUAGUAAUAACGGUAAAAAUGAGACCCUAGAAAACGAAGAAAAUGCCGAAAAAUGUGAUGUUAUAACAAAUCCUAAUAAUAAUAUUUAUGAAAAUACAUUGGAACCUUUUAAAUUAAAUAAUUUAAUUUCUGAAUUUGGAAAAAAAAUAAAUAAUUGGCUAAUAAAGUUUCCAGAUAUUGAUUGUGAAAAUUUUUUUUUUCACUUAUUUUUUUUAUCAGAACUUCAUCGAGAAAAAGGGUCUAUGUGCCAUAAUUGUGGCUCGCAUAACAUGGAAAAGUGUUCUAAUAUUAAUUUCAAAUGUGAAAGCAAUUACUGUUUUAUAUGUGAUAAGCAUAUACCAGGAUAUGCAUGCCACAAUACGAGGGCUCAAUAUAAUUAUUUUAAGUCUAAUAUAUUAAAAUCGUUAUAUGAUACUAGAAAUUUUAAAUAUCCUAAUAAUAUAAUACCUUGUUUAAAAUGCAUGUCAAAUGAUCAUUAUAUUUGUGGUAACCCUCCAUACAUGUUUUCCCAAGAAAGCUAUAUGUUUAGGAAAGAGUUUAGCAAGCAAUUUGAUUGUGCAAAUUAUGUUUAUUUUAAGAAUUCUCAUAAUAUAUGGGAAAUCAAAGAUUCCUUGAAAAAUAUGGUAAGAAAAAAUAAUAAUAACUUGAUGAUAAGGCCACCAUCACCAGAUGAUGACAAUAAUAAUUACCAAAAUAAAAUGUAUACUAACAAAAACAGUAUGAAACGAAAUAUUAGUAGUGAUGAUUAUAAUAAUAAGAAUAAUAUAGCUAGAUAUAUAGAUGAUAAUGGAGAUUUUGCUAAUGAAACAGGUGGAAUGAACAAUGGCAUUUAUAAAAAUAAAAAUAAAAAACGUUUUAAGAAUAACAGAAAUAUCAAUAUACCACGACUAAAAUAUGAUAGUGAAGAGGAUAAUGAAAGUGAAAUUGAUAAUGAUGAAUAUGAUACUGAGUAUAAUAAACAUAUUCACAAUAAUAGCACACAAUUAUAUAAAGGAAAAAGGGGGUCUGAUAUUUAUCAUUAUGAAAACAAUAAUAAUUUUAAUUCUAAUAAUAAAAGGAGAAAACGUUCAUUUAAUGAUAAUAAUAAUUAUAGUGAUAACAAUUGGGAUAAUGAAAAUAACAAUAAUGUGAAUGUGCAUAGAAAUUUAUAUAACAAUAAUAAGCAUGGUAACAAAAUGAAACAUAGAGGAUACGGUAAAAAUAAUAAAAAUACAAACUAUCAUUAUAAUAAAAAUUUUAAUCAUAACAAUAAGAAAUAUGAUAAUAAUAAAAAAGAACAAAACUCAGGUUAUAAUAAUCACAACGAUAGUGAUAAUACUACCAAUACUGAGCCGCUUCUUGGUUUCGAUACUUUAGAAAAUUAUAUGCCAAGAACUAAAAAAAGUUAUUCAUUUUUAAAUAAUAAUUAUACAAAAACAAAUAAAAACAAUGCUUCAAAUGGUUUUAGCAAAAACUUAAAGAAAAACGAAUAUGGAGGUUCAUCCAAGCAUGGUUUUGCAAAUAAUAAUAAUACCUAUAAGGGAUUAUAUAAAAACGGCAAUGUGAAUUGGGGUCAGUAUCAAAAAUAA